AGCUCUAUACUACAAUAUACAAUUCAAGUUUUUUUUUUGUUUAUUUAUCAUGGGAAUUAUCACAGUCACUGAUGAGUUCACUAGCCCAAUUUCAGCAUCUAGAAUUUUUAAGGCCUUCAUUCUUGAUGGUGAUAAUUUUCUUCCAAAAAUUGCACCUCAAGUUAUCAAAAAUGUUGAGACAAUUCAUGGAGAUGGAGGCCCUGGAACUAUCAAGCAAAUAAACUUUGCUGAAGGUAGUGAAGUUAAGUUUGUGAAGAAUAGGAUUGAUGCACUUGACAAGGAUAACAUGACCUAUGCAUACACAUUGAUUGAAGAUGAUUCUUUCAUGGACAAGAUUGAUUCAAUUUCAUAUGAAAUAAAACUUGAAUCCACCCCUGAUGGAGGAUGUAAAAGUAAAACCACUAGCAAUUACCAUACAAAGCCUGAUGUUGAGAUCAAAGAAGAAGAAAUUAAAGCAGGCAAAGAGAAGGCUACUCUUAUUGUCAAGGCUGUUGAGGGUUACCUCUUGGCAAAUCCUAAUGAAUAUGCUUAGUGCAAUUUUCGCGACUCUACCACUCAGUCAAUUCUGUUUGCGGGUCUACUUAUACUACUAUGGCUGGUUAUUUAAUAAAACUUGUGUUAUUUUGGUGUGAGAAAGCAUUUCUAUCGUAAGGGUCCUAUAUCAUAUUGUAUUGAGGUUUUCCUCAAUUUCGUUUUACUAGUUUCUAGGGACGUGUUUUGGCGUGUACCCCAUAUAUCAAUGAGUAUACAAUAUUAAAAAAUCA